CUCAAUACUUGGAUGGAAAAAUUGGAGAAUGUAGACUAUCUGAGUCUGUGACCUGUAGUCUCAUGUUUCUGUCUUCAUCAGCAUAGUCAGUCAGCUCUUCUAAGUAUUUAAGUUUACAUUGAGGAAGCCUCUAUCCAUCUGACCAUCUGGUGACCUCGUAUCUAUGCCUGAAAACGAUAGAACCAUGACUGACGUGAGGGAGGUAGAGCUGCGCGAGCACGCGGGCUCGGAUCCGGUGGUAGUGGGAAGCGAAUCGGGCCUCCGCAAGCGUGCAGAUUCAGGGACAAGUGAUAUAUCGGAAGCAUUACAGUCAGGUAUACUACUUAGUAAGUAGUAGUGGAAUUAUAAUCAAGUAACCUCCUCCCUUAACAGGCUGUUUGUGUACAAAUUUCCCCCUUAUGUUGAGGUGUGCUGCAAAUCUAGAUUGGCUUCUUCCCUUUAUAUAGGGUCGAGGUUUAGGUCCAGCGGCGCUCAAAGCACUAAUUAAAACAACCGGUUAGUUUUACCUCUAGAGACUUAGCCCUUCCAACAAAAUACUUCGUAAGUAGUAGUUGCUUAGUUGCUUCUGCACGACCUUUUUAGUAGAGUUGACAAUCAUCUAGUUAUAGGAUCAAAACUUUGAGCCACUUAUUUGGCUUUGUACAUAGCUGAUCAUUGCUAGCUGCUUACUGCAGACCGUGAUUGAUAGAGGAGUACUAAAUUCCUCACUCCAGAAUCCGACUUGAAGUUACCCUAAGCCCUACGGUUACCUAAGAAAAAAUCCGACUUGAAGUUACCCAAAAAAUUCAGAACUUCCGCUUCCCUUUUCCGAGUACAGCAAACUCGACGUUUUGAACCAAAGGGAACGCUUGUGGUGUUCGAGGCUCGUGGUGUCUUCUUUUCUGGACAUCUUUGUUUCAUUCGGAGUCGCACUAACAGCCCUUUCUGCAGCCUACAAAGAUGUCGGAGUAAGCUUGUAUUGCAUAGGAAUACAAGCAUUGGCGCAUUGCAUCUCGAGUAUAUGCUGCUUCUUGCGCUUUUUCCGGGAGUCAAAGUGGGGCAAGUAUGGCGCAAAGGACGGCAGACAGGGAAGCGAGCAGGAUGAGGAAGACGCAGUAUUGCUGACCGAGAGGAGGCGAGACCUGGUUAUUAUGCACAGAUCUUUACAGUAAUCAACAGAAUUAGAGGAGGCGAGACCUGGUUCUUAUGCACAGAUCUUUACAGUAUAAUUAAGGGUCAACUUUCAACGGUCACCAUUUAGAUUGGAGUCACUGAGAUCGAAGAGGCGACCCCUUCUUGAGAGAACCGAGGGGACAGGGGAAAUAAACGAGGGGAAAGGGCGGGAGAGCUUUGAAGGGGGUCGCUUCCGUUCAGAGUCAUGAUGACCAAGGAAUGCAAAUGCUGAGCUUUAAAGUAAUCAACAGAAACAUCAAAUCUCUUAGCAUUGAUUUCACAAGCAACAUAAAUACUUAAAAACAUCAUUCCCGUACUACGUGACUACUCAAACUUGCUUGCUUUCUUCUACUAGAUCCAGAGUCACAACACCCAAAAUACUUAAAAACAUCAUUCCCAAUCCUACUUUCACUUGCUUUCUCUAAUCUGCGAGAACAAAUCCUCUCCAUCGGCAUCGCUUGCGCCAUGCUUCUUUCUUCCGUAGCUUUGAUGUUUAAGGCAGCACGGAAAUACCGGUUUUGGGACAGGUGGUACGAAGAUCAUCAAACCCAAGAUGAGUCGAUUCGAAGCAUGUGCGAAGUCCUAGUUAAGGCUUGCCUUAUUUUUAAGUCUAAUGUCGUGAUCUCCUGAUACUCAUAAGUACUUAUUAAUAAGGAGACAUCCUGGGUGCAUUUUGCAGACAUCCUGAAACUACUAGGGGUUUUCUUCAAGUGGAAAAAGGGCAACCUGGAGGUCAAAGGCAACCUGAUAGCCUAGGAGAGAGGGUUUUCAUUUUCUUCAAGUGGAAAAGAUGCCCUUCAGGAUUACUAUUUCAAGAUGGAUUGGAUCCAAGCAAUCAAUCAAAAGAAAGAUGGAUGUGAUCGACCUCUAACCUAGCGUGGAAGAGUGGAGCUUUAUACUUUCUCCACGCUGGUGUACGAUACCUUGCGAGGGCUGAUACCCCAGGACACAAAUUUACGAAUCAUAUUUUUUGGGUGUCGUUGGUGUCAAGCUUGUACUGCAUCGUGCUCGGGAUAUCGGCGAGGUACUAGUUUUGACUGGGUGACGAAAUAUAUUUGACCGAGGCCUUGAAAUUUAUUGACUCGAUGUCGCUCUUUGCCUCUUCUGCUACCCUAGCUCUACCGCUGUCGAUUGUUUGUGGAGCUGUUCUUCCUCUUUCGAGUAAUCUCUUCUCGCGUCUGUGAUGUCAAAUUUUUUCUUCAUCCCAUCAAAGCUAGGCACAAGAAAAAUGUAGUAAAAACGACUGUGAAAGAUGAUCAAACACCCAUCCUCCAAAAGAAUCACCCAUCCUCCAAAAGAAUCACCCAUCCUCCAAAACAAACACCCAUCUUCCCAACCAAAGAAACACCCAUCCAAAACCAUCCAUCCAUCCUCCAAAAAAACCAUCCAGCUACCAAAAAGAGUGGUCGUGGAAAGCAGAGCCAAUAGCGGCAACGAUCAUGUCGUUGGGGUGUGUUAUAGAGGGAAUCCGGAUUUGCUACGUGUACGUCGACGAUAUUGACUUUCUGUUGACGAGGCAUAAUAGGCCCUAGUUUGCUACGUCGACGAUAUUGACUUUCUGUUGACGAGGCAUAAUAGGCCCUAGAGGAUUUUGAGGUAGAGGAUAGGCAUAAUAAUUUCAAUUUUUGAAAGGGCGUGUGAUGGGAUGACGGGCUUGGGGAGAAAGGGGACGCAGUUCUACAGGAGACCAGUUUAUAGGUUUACAAUUACAUCGCUGCCUCUGAUGUGUGACACUUGCAAAGACUUAGAGCUUGUUACCCACUCCACACAUGACUUCAACCCUUGCGGGCUUCACUGGGCAUCCUAUGGCACUUAGUAUGUGCUCCCAGGUUCUCUC